CUCAGCAACACAGCAGAGUCUCUUCAGAACACUGACAUGGCUUCUGCAAACUAUGGUCCAUCUGAAGAUCAGUUCCUGUGCUCCAUCUGUCUGGAUGUGUUCACUGAUCCAGUCACCACACCAUGUGGGCACAACUUCUGCAUAAACUGCAUCAAUGAACACUGGAACACCAGCGACCAGAACCGGUGUCCAAUGUGUAAGAAGGACUUCAUCACCAGACCUGAUUUGAGGGUCAACACCUUCAUCUCUGAGAUGGUUGUUCAGUUCAGACAGUCUGCUCAGCAGAAAGCCAGCAGCAGCAGCUCAGAGCAACAAGAGUCCAAACCAGGAGAAGUUCCCUGUGACGUCUGCACUGGAACCAAAGUGAAGGCCCUCAAGUCCUGCCUGGUGUGUCUGGCCUCCUACUGUGAGACUCACCUGGAGCCUCAUCUGACAGCUUCACGCCUGCAGAGACAUCAGCUGAUGGACCCUGUGGAGAACCUGGAAGGCAGGAUGUGUACAAAGCACGAUAAACCUCUGGAGCUGUUCUGUAAGAGCGACCAGACGUGUGUCUGCAUGCUCUGCACUGUUUUAGACCACAAGAACCAUGAGUAUGUUCCUCUGAAAGAAGAAUGUGAAGAAAAGAAGGUCGAGCUGAAGAAGACAGAGGCUAAAAUCCAGCAGAUGAUCCAGAAGAGAAGAGUGAAGAUUCAGGAGAUCAAACACUCGGUCGACAUCAGUGAGGAAGAUGCAGGCAGAGAGAAAGCAGAAGGUGUUCAGGUCUUCACUGAUCUGAUGGAGUCAGUGGAAAGAGGCUUGAAGGAGCUCCUCAAAACAAUAGAAGAGAAGCAGGAAGCCACAAAGAAACAGGCUGAAGCUUUCAUCAGAGAGCUGGAAGAGGAAAUCUCUGAGCUGAUGAAGAGGAGCGCUGAGGUGGAGCAGCUCUCUCUCUCUGAAGACCACCUUCAUCUUCUCCAGUCCUCAAACAUCCAUCAGCCACCACCCACCAAGGACUGGACAGAGGUCAGUGUUUGUCCUUCAUAUGAGGGGACUGUGGUGAGAGCUGUGUCUCAGCUGGAGGAGACACUCAGUAAGAAGAUGAAGAAGUGGUUUGCUGAGCUGAAGAGGGUCCAGAUGUUUGCAGUGGAUCUGACUCUUGAUCCUGAAACAGCUCAUCCUUAUCUCAUCCUGUCUGACGAUGGGAAACAAGUGAGACUUGGUGACUGGAAGAAUCUCCCAAACAACCCAGAGAGAUUUUCUAAUUGGCUCUGUGUUUUAACAAAGCAGAGUUUCUCUUCAGGCAGAUUCUACUUUGAGGUUCAGGUUGAAGGAAAGACUUGGUGGUAUUUAGGAGUGAACAGAGAGUCAGUCGACAGGAAGGGAUCGAGCCCACUGAGUCCUCAGGAUGGUUACUGGACUUUAUGGUUGAUAAAUGGAAAUAAAUACAAAGCCUCUGAUGGUCCUCCAGUUGAUCUCUCUGUGAAGUCUGGUCCUCAGAAGGUGGGGGUGUUUGUGGACUAUGAGCAGGGUGUGGUCUCCUUUUAUGACGUAGAAGCUGCAGCUCUCAUCUACUCCUUCACUGGCUGCUCCUUCACUGAGAAGCUCUUCCCGUUCUUUAAUCCUGGUGGUAACGAUGGUAGAAACUCUGCUCCGCUGAUCAUCUCUCCAGUCCGAGGCUGCCUGGGGGUUGGAGCUGAUGCAAGAAGAUGAGAACACAUUUGCCAGUUUGCCAACUACAAGGACGACUGAGGAAAAAGAAGCGUCGACUAAAUUCAGAAGAGAACGAGCCGGCCGGCCGUCUCUGACCCAGAAUUACAGUGAGACCGAGAUCCUCCUUGUGGCACCGGCACAUCUGUGGCAACUCAGUCUUCAGAGGAACUCACCACUCACCAGCCGUGUGUCGGCACUGUGGCGCCUCACUGACUAAUCAGUGGUCAGUGAGGCGCCACAACAGACACACAAUGUACAUGCUUUUAUGUCUCAAAAUGACAAAGUUUGUUUCCAAACAACUCGUGUACGAAACGUACUUAUUUGUAAUUAUACUUAACCAUCUUCAAAAUGUUAUUUUCACGCUCCUCUCCAUCCUAUGAGAGUAAUCCAUGGAGCUCUGAAGCUCUGUGAUCCUCCGCUGUUUCUUCUCUCGUCUCUGAAUCGCGUGUGAGAACAACGGUUUGCUGCAGAAUAUUUCAUUGUUUCAUUAAGCUUCCUAUUAGAGAAAGCACAUUCCUACAGCGUCUUUGUAUCAUGAAAUGUAAAUGGGAAACUGUAUCCUUUGUGUUGUUCAUUGGUGAUCACUAUUACACUAUUACUUGUGCACUGUUGUCUUGUCUGUCUACUGUCGCGCACUAACCGCCAAGACAAAUUCCUUGUAUGUUUGACAUAUUUUGGCUAAUAAAUGUUUCCUGAUUCCCGAUUCCUGAUUCCUAUGGCUACAUAAUACGCUCAUGUGUGUCAUUUUUAAAUCAAUUGUUGUGGGGGCUCCAUUUAUGUUCAUUCUGAAUGAAUGACAUCUUUCACACUUCUGCUUUUUUCCAAUGCAAAGGACAGAGAACUCUAAAUGCCGUGUGGAUUGUCAAAUUUGUGAUUUGUUUUCAAAUAAAUUCAAAUGUAACCCCUAA